GUAGUCAACGUCCCGACGUCCAUCCAUCCGUCCAUAGGUCCGUCCGCAUGCAGCGGACCCUCCGUCGCCUCGUACAUCAAACUCGCUCGUCUGUCGGUGAGCGGUGUUAAAUGUGCGCACCCGUAAGCGUACCUGCCACCUGGAUAGGUAAACUCGUGUGUCUCUCUAAUUAUUUCAUCGUACUCGUAUAGUCCGCAAAGGAACCUUGCGAAUUAACUCGCCGAGUACGUUAACCUUUCCUUUCCACGUUUACUCGUACAUUGUAACGCGGAAAAAGCUUUUGAACAACGCGACGCUCUUCGCGCACGCUUUUCCACCAAUUAUCAAAAGCUCGAGCUUUUCUACGUUUCGUAAUUCGCGCGUUUUAGUUUCGUUUAGCCGAGUUUUUCUCGGAUUUUUUUCUUCCGCCGUUGUUUUAUAAUUUAUUCUAGUCGCGUGUACUUGGUGUUUUUGUAAAAUAGGAAAAAAAAAACGUGGUUCUUAUUUUAUAAUUAUUAUUUGUUCGUGUUUGAUCUCAUUUCGUUAUUACGGAGUUUUUUAAACCCAGUUUCGUCUAGACGUGAAGUUGAACGAGAUAUUCGGCUUCGAAAAGGAAUUAUUGGAGAAAAAUUGCUUUUAAACACAGAAUGCGUCAUUCAGAAUGUUUUUCUUGGAAGGCACUUUGCACACUGUUUUGUACAAUCGUUUACGUACAAAGUUCACCUUCGAGCACACUGUACGAAGUAGCUUCAAGUACAGAAGACGAUUUUCCUAUACUGGUUCGAGAAAAACGUCAAGCUACAGAACUCUGCGAUUUCGGUAUCGAGCCGAGCUUGAUAACUUGCGAUUGGGCGAAUCGUAACGGUUCCAUAUUACGUUGGGAAUUAGGAGCAGGGGUACUCUCAAAUUGGUUGGGAGGUCCUCCGAAGGAUGCAGGAGCAGGGGAGGAUUCCGAACGAGGGGGAUACAUAUUUUUCGAAACAUCGCUACUGGCAGCUCCAGUCCUGAGAGUGGACGAUAUUACCAUUCGAGAGGGCCAAAAUGCGUACAUCGAAAGUCCACUACUGAAGACCACUGGAGCGGAGGGAAAAUGCGUCUCUUUCGGUUUCUCCAUCGAUGGUUUGAGUGCUGCUGGGCUCAGAGUAAUGCUACAACCUAUUGGUAAAGAUGGCCGACCAGAGGGUUUCUACAGAAUACUUUGGGGUACCAAAGAUCCUACCAAUAAAGCUUGGAUGGAAGCCCAAGCACUAUACACGUAUAACAGAGAUCACCAAAUCGUUUUCGAAGGUAUCGCCAAAGACCUGCCAGAUCCCUUUCGAAAGUUUCGAGGGUACGUUGCUGUAGAUAACGUGGCUUUAAAAAGUGGUCUCGAGUGUAAAGGCCACUGCACCUUCGAAGGAGGAUUCUGCGGAUGGACCAAUGAUGAAGAUGAUGAUUUUGAUUGGUCUUUGGGACGAGGUAGUCGAAAUCCUUCCACGGGUCCGGCUACAGACAGAUCUAGCUUCAUAUACGGUGGCAUGGAAGGAGGUUACGGAUACAUAGACUCUUCAUAUCCAAGACGACCAGGCGAUAUAGCAAAGUUAUCCAGCAUGGAAUUCGAACCAACAGGUCCAGAUACUCCACUCUGCAUGAGAUUUUGGACACACAUGUUCGGUAAUGGAAUAGGCACGUUGACGGUGAGCAUCAGUGAUACCAGAGAAGCUCACGUUAGAGAUAUUUGGAGUCUGACUGGCGAAGCUGGCAACGCUUGGUAUCAAGCUGAAGUACCAGUAUCUUCUUCUAAUCCUUUCAAAAUCGUUAUCACAGGAAAAAUUGGUAAAAAUAAUCUAGGAGAUAUUGCAGUCGAUGACAUAUCACUAACUCCAGGAAGUUGUCCGACUGCUCCUCAAAUUGCUGCUCCUACAUCUGGAGAUUGUACCUUUGAGGUCGAUGAAUGCGGCUGGAGCAAUGUGGGAUCUCGUGAACGACUGGAUGACAUUGACUGGGAGCGUACAUCUGGAGCUGCUCUUCGAAAUACCGCUUAUGACCAUACUUUAGGAACUGAAAAAGGAUACCUCAUGACUUUGGCCAGAAGCACAAUUCAAAGACCUGGUAGCAGAGCUUGGUUCACUUCCAGAGAUUUCAGAAUCAUUACACCGACUCAAAGUCAACCAACCAACUCCCCCAGAUGUCUUUCAUUUUGGUUUGUUAUGAAUGAACCUUUCAUCGAUGCUACCGGACCAAGUCUAGGGGCAUUGAGUGUAUACGCCAAGUCAGCCGAGAAGGACAGCACCGGAGGAUUGAUUAUGAAACCAGUCUGGCGUCUGUAUAAUCAUCAAGGACCGAACUGGCAAUAUGGUCAGGCUUUGAUAAACGAGCCCAAUGAUUCUAUCGUUAUCGAGGGAAUUUGGGGCUCCAGUCGAGCCAGUGGAUUCAUCGCCUUCGACGAUAUUACCUUCUUUGGUGGAUCUUGUACAACUUUACCAAAGGGAGCCAAAGUCAGACCAGGAGAAUGUAGAUUCGAACGAGAUAUGUGCGAAUGGACCAAUGUAACUGAUAAAUCAAUGGCAUCCUGGAGGCUGGCAACAGUCACUAGAAGACCUGCCAAUCUACCAGACAAGACCUUCGGAGCACCAGAUGGUUACAUUUAUUACGAUCUCUUCAACCAAAUCUUGGGUGCGAAUAUGGUAAAGUUGAUUUCACCGUUGAUUCCUGGUGGCGAAGAUCCUCAGCUAUGUUUCUCAUUCUGGUACGCUGCGUUCGGAGCAGGAGAGUCAGCAUUGAUGCAGAUCAGUAAACAAGACAAUUCCAGCGACGGUGCUGGAGAAAAGAAAAUCUGGUCCCUCGAGGCGAAAAACAUGGACACAACCAGACCAACUUGGAUGCCAGCUCAAGUAACAGUUGAAGCAACCAGAGAUUUUCAUAUAGUCUUAGAAGGUCAAGCAACCAAUGGUGGAUUUGCCGUAGAUGAUAUUACUUUUACCCCAGGCAACUGUCCAACUCGGCCAGAGAAAGCUGCCGUAACCGAAGCUCGUCAAAAAUAAGAAUCUGCUGGUCUCCGGUAAUAUCUUCUAAAACUCUUGCCACAUCUCGAAUUGCGAUGUUUGUGUCUCCUUUCAACACCACUCAGUCUGUGAAUCUCUAUAUUUCUUCCGGUAUAAAAAUCUGUAUCAGGGAACAUUUUCGGCCUAAUUUGCCAACCUACAUAGAUACCUAUCUACGAUCUAAUGUCUUACCAUUUUCCAAUCAUUACUUCUCAAGCUUUUCUUUUACCGUAAAAUUUCCUCUUUCAAAGCACAAUCUGUUGGAGAUCCGGGCACGAUUAGUGCGACUCGAAAAAUCUUGCAUUUUCAUACUUUUUUACGGGUAGAUACCUACUUACUAGUUUCAAGCUCAGCGGGAAAGGAGAGAAGACUGCCUUCUAUUAUGUGAUUAUGUAGCCUAUAGAGAAACGUACGUACAAUAGCAUCGAAAAAUUAAGCUAAAUCUUAGGGUAUUUUUUUCUAAUUCACAAGCUAACCGCUUGUUAAAAAAGAUUUUAUUAUUUUUAUACGUUUUUUUCUUCAAUUUUAUAUCACUUUUUCAUUUUAUUAAAUAAAUUAAUAUUAUUUUUACACGUAAUACGUAAAUAUAGAAUUAUUUUGCCAAUUUAAGGCAGCAGCGUAAUAAAAGACCAAAGUAUAAUUGCCCAUCAUAGAUAUUCUUCACAUUAAGAGAAGAUUUUUUUUUAUUUGAAAAAUUAAGUUAAUAAGUUCCUGAAUUUAAAAUGUACAUAAAUGUAGGUAUUAUUAUACAAAUUUAAAUCAUGUAUAUAUCUAUUCUGUAUUUUAAAAUAACAAUUUGUAUUUAUGUAAGCGUUAAUUCCACGUACAAGGUACGUGAAUCAUGAAAAUGAGUGUUUUUUAUGUAUUUAUUAUAAAUAAAUUAUCAUUUAAAAAUUCUAUUCAACAUGUUUUCAUCUUUUUUUUUUUUUUUCGAAAUUACCGCUUUCUACAGAAACCUAUCUAUCAUCAGCUUAUAAAAAAGACUCGAAUUCGAUUCUGAAAACUUUUAGACCCUCCUACAUUCACAAAUUGUUACCUACCUUAUUCAUUUUUUUAAAAGUUGCAAUUUUAUCGCAAAUAAAUACUCAAUUUUGUAUUUUUUUUUCUAUAAUAAAACAUGACUUCGAACUUUU